CUGGCUCCAGCCUCUCCUGUUCAGCGCCAUGGCCAAGACCCCUAGUGACCAUCUGCUGUCCACCCUGGAGGAGCUGGUGCCCUAUGACUUUGACAAGUUCAAGUUCAAGCUGCAGAACACCAGUGUGGAGAAGGAGCACUCCAGGAUCCCCCGGAGUCAGAUCCAGAGAGCCAAGCCAGUGAAGAUGGCCAGUCUGCUGGUCACCUACUACGGGGAAGAGUACGCUGUGCGGCUGACCCUGCAGGUCCUGCGGGCCAUCAACCAGCGCCUGCUGGCUGAGGAGCUCCACAGGGCAGCCGUUCAGGAAUAUUCCACACAAGAAAAUGGCACAGACGAUUCCGCAGCGUCCAGCUCCCUGGAGGAGAACAAGCCCGGGAGCCUGAAGACUCCAGACCACCCCGAGGGGAAGGAGGGAAAGGGCCCUCGGUCGUGCGGGGACUGGGCUGCCAGCCUGCAGGCCGGGACGGGGCUGUCAAGGAAGCCCUCGAGCAAACGCAGAGAGAAGGCCUCGGAGAGCCCGGACGCGCAGGGCAAGCCUCCCACCGGAGGGAGAAGCCCCGGCCCCAGCCCCUGCAAGGCGGCCGAGCGCCCCCUGCGCAAGAACACCAGCUCCUCGGGCGCGCCGGGGUGGAAGGAGUGCAGGCCCUUCGAAGUGGAGCAGCCCUCGGGAAAGAAGCGGCCUAAAAGCCUUGAGCUCACCAUUUCCACAGGGCAGAAGGCGCCCCCAAAUCCAGAAACUCUCCUGACUGUAGAGGAAACGACAGCUGCGAAUCCGGACUCGGCAACAGGCGCUCAGGCAAGGCCCACUCCGGAUGGAGGGGCGUCUGCGGACCUGGAGAAAGGCCCUGGGAAUCCAGAACAUUCGGUCACCGGAAGGCCACCAGACAAGGCUGCGAGUCCCCGUUGCCACGCCCAGGAAGGAGACCCUGUUGGCGAUAUCUGUGUGCGUGAUUCCUGUAGCUGCCCUGAGGCAGCUUCUGGGCACCCCCAGGCCUCAGGCAGCCGCUCACCUGACUGCCCCCGGUGCCAGGCCUCCCAUGAAAGGAAGAGCAUGGGAAGUCUAAGCCCCCAGCCCCUUCCACAGUGUAAGCGCCACAUGAAGCAGGUCCAGCUGCUAUUUUGCGAGGAUCACCGUGAGCCCAUCUGCCUCAUCUGCAGUCUGAGUCAGGAGCAUCGAGGCCACCGGGUACGCCCCAUUGAGGAGGCUGCCCUGGAACACAAGAAGCAAAUUCAGAAGCAGCUGGAGCAUCUGAAGGAGCUGAGAAAAUCAGGGGAGGAGCAGCGAUCCUAUGGGGAGGGCAAGGCAGUGAACUUUCUGAAACAGACUGAAGCGCUGAAGCAGCGGAUGCAGAGGAAGCUGCAGCAGGUGUACCACUUUCUGGAGCAGCAAGAGUAUGUCUUUAUGGCCUCGCUGGAGAACGUGGGCCAGAUGGUCGGGCAGAUCAGGAAGACAUACGACACCCGCAUAUCCCAGGACAUCGCCCUGCUCGACGCGCUGAUUGGGGAACUGGAGACCAAGCAGUGCCAGUCGGAAUGGGACCUUCUGCAGGACAUCGGAGACAUCUUGCACAGGGCUAAGACAGUGCGUCUCCCUGAACGGUGGACUACUCCUCAAGAGAUGGAACAGAAGAUCCAGCUGCUCCUCCAGAAGUUAGAGUUUGUGGAGAAGAGCGCAAAGUACUUCUUAGAAACCCUGAGUUCAGAAAUGGAAAUGUUCAAUGUUCCAGAGCUGAUUGGUGCUCAGGCACAUGCCGUUAAUGUGAUUCUGGAUGCAGAAACCGCUUACCCCAACCUCAUCGUCUCUGAUGAUCUGAAGAGUGUUAGACUUGGAAACAAGCGGGAGAGGCUGCCUGAUGGCCCGCAAAGAUUUGACAGCUGCAUCGUUGUUCUGGGCUCUCCGAGCUUCCUCUCCGGCCACCAUUACUGGGAGGUGGAGGUCAGAGACAAGACAGCGUGGAUCCUGGGAGCCUGCAAGGCAUCCAUAAGCAGGAAAGGGAACAUGACUCUGUCACCAGAGAAUGGCUACUGGGUGGUGAUAAUGAUGAAGGAAAAUAAGUACCAGGCAUCCAGUGUUCCCCCAACCCCCCUGCUGAUAAAGGUGCCUCCCAAGCGUGUGGGCAUCUUUGUGAACUACAGAGUUGGAAGCAUUUCCUUUUACAACGUGACAGCCAGAUCCUGCAUCUAUACAUUCACCGGCUGCUGUUUCUCUGAGCCCCUUCAACCUAUCUUCAGCCCUGGGACACAUGAUGGAGGGAAGAACACAGCUCCUCUGACUAUCUGUCCAGUGGGUGGUCAGGGGCCUGACUGAAUGCCCAACACUGCAUCUCUCUUCCAGCUUCUGGCUUUGUGUCUUGCAUUCACAUACUCAGCAGUCACGGAAUGCCGCCUGGGUGCCAGCCGCUACAGGAAAUGCAACGAAUAACAAAAUAGUUACUGUGCCCAUGGAGCCUACCCGAUUAUAGCAGAGCUAAGUUAGGAACGAACAUAUUAGUAAAUCCGCUGAAGAAAUGUAC